AUGGCGGCUUGGGAAGCUGAAGCUGGUAGGGCCAUUCAGUUGGCUUUAGCGCCUAGUACAAGAAGGGCUUAUGAUAGGGCGGCCUCUCAAUUUCGGGAAUUUAGGAGGGCUGCUGCGCUGAAGGAUUGCUGGCCGAUUCCCACGGCUCAUAUUAUGCAAUUCAGCGUAUAUCAGAAGCAGAAGGGCCUGGGGUUGAAGACUAUUAGAGGCCAACUUGCGGCGUUGGCCUUUAUUAGUAAAGCCCAGGGGUUUGUGGAUAGUACGGCUGAUUUUAGGAUCAGGAAAAUGCUUGAGGGUUGGUCCAGGGAGCGUGGCCCGCGCGUAGAUGACCGGCAGCCCAUCUCCCCUUCUGUAUUGAAGGGGUUGUUUGGCAGCUGGCCGGCCAUUUGUUCUUCCACUUUCGAGGCCGCUUUGUUUCACGCGGCUUCGUUGGUGGCAUUUUUUGGUGCCCUGCGGAUCAGCGAAUUAGUUAUGCAGUCCAAGACUGACUUUUCAAUGUGGGCGCUCCAGGCCGGAGACGUCAAAAUUGAUCAGGGGCAGGUAGUUUUGACGAUACGGCGAUCCAAGACCGACCAAUGGCGGAAGGGAUCUGUCAUCACUCUUGGACAGUGUACGGUCCAUGAGUUGUGCCCGGUGCGGGCUGUUAGGUGUUAUGUUCGGUUUAGGGGCUUGGGGGACGGUCCCCUCUUUCGGCACGAGGACGGCUCCCCCCUCACCAAAUACCAGUUUUGGGCGGUGACUAGCCGAGCCUUGGCCGCAAUAGGACUGAAGGGCGUCAAAUUCGGGACCCAUUCGUUUCGCAUUGGUGCUGCCUCCACCGCUGCGUCAAUGGGUUACACGCCAGCUUCCAUACAGCGCAUUGGGCGCUGGCAGUCGACGGCCUUUAAGUCGUAUGUGCACCCGUUAAUUGCAUAG